CCUGCUCACCUCACCGCGGAACUCAAAACACAUCAACUGCAUACAAACCUGAGCCAGUAGCCCAAAACUUAAAACCUGUGGCUACUUCCACAUUCCCCUUUAUUAUCGGAUUACGGCAGUACGUCACGGAUAUUUCGUACGAGAUAGCCUUCCAAGGAGGAAGUUACCUAAUAUCUGACAUCGGCAGGUAACGUAAAGGGAUGGCGGUUGACAGUCACUAGGUCCGAAGUAUAAACCUGCUGAUAAGUGGACCAUCGGUCACGCGACGAUACACCGGGUUCGUCGCGCCACGCUGUCACUCUGAACUUGGCAACGGUGUAAUUGAAUCUCAAGAUGAGUUCAGAAGAGCAAAACGUGGUGCCAUCUUCAAAGAUAACAUCACCUGUGCCCUCCUCACCAGCCACACCAGCCACCCCAUCAAUUCCUCAAAGGAAAGAGAGUACUUCUUCACCUGAAGACAGACGGGACAGCUGGGAGGUGCUUGAGGACUUAAAGGAAUUGACGGUACAUGUCCAAAAGCCCAAAAAGCAAGAGGGCCUGCUGCUAAAGAAGAGAAAGUGGCCCAUGAAAGGAUGGCAUAAGAGAUAUUUCCUGCUUGAAAAGGGGAUCUUAACAUAUGCCAAGACAGGGAAUGAUCUGAAGAAGGGGAGAUUACGAGGGCGCAUUGAUGUUGGUCUCUCUGUUAUGGCCAUGAAGAAGAAGUCAAUGUGCAUUGACCUGAAUACAGAGGAUAGUAUCUAUCACCUGAAGGUGAAGUCACAGGAUUUGUUUAACCAGUGGGUGACGCAGCUACGUAAUCAUCGGAUGUACCGUCAGAAUGAGAUCGCGAUGGAACCUCACGAUCGACAGCAGCAAUCUGACCACACCUUCAACAGAAGACAUUUUUCGGUUCUUUUAAAGAACAACUGGCGGCAAAACUCGCCCGACCUGGAGAAGUGUUGUAAAGAUCUGACAGAGUGUGAGUCCUCUUUACUGGAAUUAAACCUUCUGCUUAAAAAUAUGGAAGUUCUGCAUAGAGCUUUCUCUGCACCUGCCAUCAACACACUGCAGGCUGGAAGCUUCAAAAAAUCUAAACGUAGACGGAGGUGGCGAUCUAAGAAUUACAACAAGGAUAAUAAAAACACAGCACAGAUUCCUGAUCCUUCAUCUAGGCUGCAUGUUUCACAUCCAAACCUGAUGUAUUCAGAACCUGUUUCUCCAGACCUGUGUCUAGAGAGCCCAGAUUCACCCACAGAAGCCUCUCAAAUGCGGGAGGAGUUUUGUCGGCUUGCUGGCACUGUUAAUUCCACUCUCCGUUCAGCGUAUGCUUCCCUGUGUUCAGAGAGAGACCGAGUCAAAAACACUUUGGAGACUAUCUGUGAAAAGGACGUUCAUGAUGGGCCACAUCCUUUGCUGCAGCAAACGUGUAGUGAAAGUCGAGGGUCAAUCCCAGAGUCUCUGUCAGAGUUUUUCGAUGCUAAGGAAUAUCUGCUGUCCGGUAGUUCGUCUGACAAUGAGGUUUCAGACGACGACUCGUACGUCAGUGAUGUCAGUGACAGCACGUCAGUGGAUUAUUCCAGGACUGAGUCUAGCAGCAUGAGUGAUAACUUAGAAAACGAAAAAAAUGAAAAUACGGUGAGGCGGCGGCAGCGCUUACCGAGCGCACGUAUAAAUGAGAGUGUGAAUCUCUGGAGUAUCUUGCGCAGUAACAUCGGUAAGGACCUAUCGAAAGUGGCAAUGCCUGUUUCACUCAAUGAGCCAAUCAACACCCUGCAGAGACUGUGUGAGGAAAUCGAGUACUGCCACCUGCUGGACACUGCUGCAAACACACAUGACCCACACAUGCGAAUGGUGUACGUAGCAGCUUUUGCUGUGUCUGCAUAUGCAUGUUCAUUCACUAGAGCAGGAGGAAAACCCUUUAAUCCUAUGCUGGGAGAGACUUACGAGUGUUUGCGACCAGAUAAAGGUUUCCGUUUUAUUUCUGAGCAGGUCAGUCACCACCCACCUGUGUCUGCCUGUCAUUGUGAAUCCAAGAACUACACUCUCUGGCAAGAUGUCAGGUGGAAGAAUAAGUUUUGGGGAAAAUCUAUGGAAAUUGUUCCUAUGGGAGUCACGUACUUGGAGUUGCCAGGUUCUGGGGAUCAUUACGAAUGGAGUAAAGUCACAUCUUGCAUUCAUAACAUUCUGAGUGGUCAGCGCUGGAUAGAGCAUUAUGGGGAAAUGUCCAUCAAGCACACUACCACAGAGGGAGAUGUCAGUCAUUGCAAAGUCACUUUUCUUAAGUCGAGGUCUGGAGGUGUGAAUGCUAAUGAGGUAGAGGCCGUGGUCACUGAUUCAGAUGGGCGUGUCAUUCAUACUCUAUUCGGCAAAUGGAACGAGGCUUUGUACCUGGGGAAACCGACCUCGGCAACCUGCAUAUGGAGAGCAGAUCCCAUGCCUGAGGACAAUGAGCAGUACUAUGGAUUCACACAGUUUGCAAUUGAGUUAAACGAAUUGGAGGAGAGUCUGAAACCCCUUUUACCCCCAACAGAUACACGUUUUAGACCAGAUCAAAGACUCCUGGAAGAGGGUGAUAUUACAGGAGCAGAAGAGCAGAAGGAAAGAAUUGAAGUGCUCCAGAGAGAGAGGAGAAGAGUCCUACAAGAAAACAACAUGACGCACUCACCCCGCUUCUUCGAGCGUGCUGAAGACGACUCCUGGGUGAGCAAUUGUACAUACUGGGACCUCAGGAAGGACCCUGGAUUCGCCAAACUGGAAUUUCCUGUGCUUUGGUGACCCAAAGUGGAUUUAUUUCAUUGACAAUACAGUUUCUACUCUGGUUAUAGCUAUAGAUUAACAAAAUCUGGAUUCACACAUUUUUGUUAAUAAGACACAUAUAUAGCACAAUAUAGAAAGUAUCUAUAGACACAUGUAUGCCUUAUUUGGCACACCUUGGUGCUGUUUACUUGUAAAAGAAUUGAGAAAGGACUGUUGUAAGUGCCUGGUUAUAUGUAGUUUAUUUACAUUCAGUAAGCAAAAAAGAAAUGAUGGCUUUAAAUGCAGUAGUGUAAAACAGAGGAUACAUGAUCAUGAAACAGAAUAGCCCCACCAUUUUAAUGACUGUAGAAAAUAAUAAUAAUAACUGCGUUAUAGUAAUAAUUCAACAGUCAGAAUUUUUUGUAAUUGUCAGAAAAAAUAUAAUGCAAAAUAUCUUGCAAUUGGCUCAAUUAUCUUUACACAAAAUAAUAUUUCUUAUUUAUUUGUUUUCAUAUUUUUUAUUUAUCCCAGAACAGGACUAUAUGAAAAAAAUAAAGGCACACUUGAGUAACUGCCAGCUGUAUGACCCCAAAUAUCUCUGGUAUAUUAGGAAAUAAGAUAACACUUUCCAAUAAGGUUGUGUGUGUUAACAUUAGUUAAUGCGUUAGCUAAUAUGAACUAAAGUAACAGAAGUUGUUAACAUUGGUUGAUGCACUGUGAACUAACAUGAACUGGUAAAUGAGGAUAAACUACAUCGCUCAUUGUCAGUUCAUAUUAGCUCAUGCAUUUGCUAAUGUUAACUAAUACAACCUUAUUGUAAAGUAUUACUCGGAAUAAUUAGAAAAUAUCUGUAAAUUGUCUUGGUCAUGCUGCAAUAAUUAAUGUCAUUUUUCUUUAAAUUGACAAAAUGCAGAAAAAGUGUAACGUUAUCUGAAAUAAGAGUUACUGUUGAAAUGAGUGAUGUAUGUUGGGUAUUAAGUUUGUGUUGUACAUGUGUGGUCUUCUUAUGUAUGUAUUUGAAAGCAAGCGUGUGAUAGUCUAUACAUGGUGUGUCUGUUACACUUGAUAAUGUUCUGUUUUCUGAGAGGUUUGUGGGCGUGGUGUUUUAGAUGUGAUAACUUUUUCUCUCUAUGAAGUCUAAAAUGCUUACAAAAAGGGAAUCGUUUCUUUUAGAGAUCAGGAAGGAAUUGCAUCAGUGUACGAUGACUGACGACAUGUUUGGUUUGCGCAAUAAAUGGUAUACGCACA